AUGACCGCGCUAUCUCACCAUCCAAUUCCAACUAAUACUCAGUCCCGCCACUCGGCACCUGUCAGUUUUCGAUCCACAGGAGCUUGCUUGCACCAUCUACUGACAUUUGGCCAGAUGGGAGUCUUCGCACAUCGCAAGCGUACUGACGGCGCUUCCGAGUAUCUUCUGCCUCGUCCAGCGCGUAACAAAACCUGCUCUGACAUCAGCUGUAGUCACGAUCCGUCAACGCCCGUCAAACCUCCUCGCCAGCCAAAGUACACCGUCACAAAAGACACUCCUCCCUCGUCUUCGAAGCUUGCCAGCCGACCUCCCACACCAGUGCCAGACUGUCCACCACCCCCUNUGACCAGACAAUCCACUGUCAACAAUCUCACAGCUCCAUCGACUAUCCCUUUUACCAUCCAAUCAUCACUGUCGAAAUACUCCUUGACCGCUCACGAAGCUCCAUCACCUUCUUCCAACGUCUCGUCAGCCAGUGAAACUACGAUAUACCGCUUUCCACCUACUCCUCCUCUACCCAAGGAAUGGAACGGCGUUCACGACCAUGCCAUGUGUGUUCUUGAUACAUGCAAUUACUCCCUCAAUGCCAUCGUCAAGAAGCUUCGAAGUGCUUUUCCUGAGCUCUCCAAAGCUCCCUUGACUCCGACCAUGGUUGACAAGCGUCUGCGUGUCCUUGAUCAAAACCCUGAAAUCGACUACUUCCGUACCGGUCUCGAGCAUGCCAAUCGAGGAGGUAUAGAGAAGGCUCGUCGUGGAAAGGCCAUCAACACCGACACGGGCCCUUCUGGCUACGACACACGCAUUCCAGCCGAUCCAAGGGUCUCUACCCUGACAGCUCCUGCCUCGACUAUCGAUAGCAGCUUCGUGAGCAGCAUACCAAGCCUUCCGGACCUUCCAAAGAAGCUGAUUGAAGAUCGCCAUGAGUCCGGAAUUUCCCUCAAGACCACUGCCUCUCCUACGUUGGAAGCUAGCGGUUCCUCUCAGCCAUUCGAGUCUGGUUUUCUGGCCCACAGAGCCUCUCCCUCUGGGCAGAUCGUGUCGCAAAGAUGA